GCUUCAAAUAUUCCAAACUGACCAACCCCUUCCUGCACGCCAUAACAAUGCGUUGCCUCCCCACAACGAGACCGUAUCUCCAUUAAAGUAGCUGAGAGAGCUUGCAUUUUUACGAGUCGAGGUUGCGAGAUGAAGUUCGGGAAGAGGCUCAAGAAGCAGGUGGAGGAGAGCCUCCCGGGGUGGAGGGACAAGUUCCUGGCGUACAAGCGCCUCAAGGUGCUCGUCCGACUCGUCUCCGGCUCCUCGCCGCACCGUGCCGUGGCGGAGGCCACCUUCGUGCGGCUCCUCAACGACGAGGUGGACAGGUUCAACGCCUUCUUCCUGGAGCAGGAGGAGGAGUUCAUCAUCCGCCAUAAGAAUGUGCAGGAAGUAAGGGAGACGGUGAAGGCGGUGGCCGGCGAGGAGCCGUCGGAGGCGGAGCGUGCGGUGGAGAUGAGGAAGGUGAGGAGAGAGAUCGUGGAUUUGCACGGGGAGAUGGUGCUGCUCCUCAACUACAGCGCCGUCAACUACACAGGGCUGGCCAAGAUCCUGAAGAAGUACGACAAGCGUACGGGGCGGCUGCUCCGGCUGCCCUUCAUCGAGGAGGUGCUCAAGCAGCCCUUCUACACGACGGAGCUCAUGUCGAGGCUCGUCCGCGAGUGCGAGGAGACCAUGGCGGCCGUGUUCGCCUCCGACAACAGUGGUGACCAGUGGACGAGGAAGUGCUGCACCGACACUGGCAUGGCUCCUAUGGCACCAGAGCAGGGCAUUUUAAGGAACACCGUCGCGGCGCUGGUGGCCAUGCGGGAGCUCCGCAGCGGGAGCUCCACGUACGGGCACUUCUCGCUGCCACCCUUGGCAAAGGAGACGGAGCAUGGCCUGCUGCUGUCCAUCCAGGUUGCCGAUCUCGUUCAAUCUGAGGCACAUGGUAUUGUCCGGGUGGUUUGACAGAGUGCAUGAGUAUAAUUGUAGGUACAGGUUUCGAUGGCUACUUACCGGCGUCCGAUUAUAUGAUACGAGUAACGCAUACUGCGGACUUUUUAUUUAUUUAUUUAGAAAAGCCGCAAAUAUAA